AGUGGACUGUACCAUUAGAAGAGCGGGGGGGGUAAAUAAGCAAAACUGACAUUUAUUUAUAUAUUUAAUUUCUAGUAUGAUAAUCAAAAUACGGAUAUUUAAACGUAAAGAAUCCUUAUUUCCAUUUUGGUAUUUUCUAGAAAACUACGAACAACGGACCGGGUUUGUGAGGUUGUCAAACACUCGGACUUGGUAUCGCCCACAGAGCUCCGCAGACUGCGGUGAAUGUACAAAACCCCCUCUGUGGGCUAUUAGUAGUCUAAAAAGAGAGGCUUUAAAAAACUUUACAUUCUGUGCUUUUCACUGUUCGUGAGCUCAGGGUUGUUGUCAACUGUGGACCGAAUCCGGAACAAUCCGCCCGAGCCGCCGCUGACGUCUGUAUGGUGUGUCCGUCCUCACUGCGUCACUGACAAAGUGUAGGAGUCGAGAAACUUCACUUAUGUAAAUAACGUCACAGGCAGAAGUGUGUGAGCAGCGGCAGGUAGCCGAGCACAUGUAAAUAUAUAUUUAUAAAUCCGCACAUGCUUUACUAACCAGCCGGCUGUCAAACAUGCCGAGGAAAAAGCCAUUCAGCAACAAACAGAAGAAAAAACAGAUGCAAAUCAAGCGGGAGAGGAAGAAAGGUGACACAGGAUCUGGACCGAGCAGUCGCAACGCCAGCGCAGAGCGAGGAGGAGAGCGACAGUCGGAUACCUCGGACAGUGAGACCAGCGACGUUAGAAGAAUAAACCAGCAGCCGUUCAGCAAAGACGGUCGAUAUGACCCGAACAGGUUUCGACUCCACUUUGAGAGAGAGAGUAAAGAGGAGGUGGAAAAGAGAAAGAAGACGGCCAGGGAGAAGCCGCUGCAGCAGGUCUCAGAGAAGGAGCUGGAGCUCAACAUCGAAGACAUUUAUCCAAAAGACAAAGGCCUUGGUUUCCCACGGCGACCUCCAUGGAAUUAUGGUAUGGCACGUGAGGAUCUGCUGAAGAAAGAGGAGAAGUCGUUUCGACUGUAUCUUGAUGAUCUUCUCUCCAGGAACCCACUGGGCUCCCUCAGCCACUUCGAGCACAAUCUGGAGACGUGGAGGCAGUUAUGGAGAGUUCUGGAGAUGUCUGACGUCAUUCUGCUCAUCGUGGACAUCAGACACCCGGUGCUGCAGUUUCCUCCAGACCUGUACCACUACAUCACCGGAGACCUGAAGAAGCAGGUCAUAGUAGUGCUGAACAAAAUUGACCUCUGUCCCGCUCCACUCAUCAUCGCCUGGAAACACUACAUGGUGUCUCAGUUCCCAGACCUGCAUACGGUCUGUUUCACCUCCCAGCGUGGGCCGACCAACACAGCGUCACAGAAGAAGAAAAGGAAGUUGGACUGGAGUCAUGCUGCCGGUCCUGUGGAGGUUCUGAAGGCCUGUCAGCUGCUCACGGCAGGAAAUGUUGACCUGUCCAGCUGGGAGCAGAAGAUUCACAGAGACGCCUCUGCAGUGGGACUAGACGAGGACAGCGCAGAUGAGGCAGCAGAGUCGGUGCUGAUGGAGUAUCAGAGUGACAGUGCCAUGGAGAUGAGCGCUCCGUCGGAGGAGCUCUACAAAAAUGGAAUCCUCACGUUGGGCUGCAUCGGUUUUCCCAAUGUUGGGAAGUCAUCUGUGAUAAACAGCCUGGUGGGGAGGAAGGUGGUGAGUGUGUCCAGAACUCCAGGCCACACCAAGUAUUUCCAGACCUACUACCUCACACCUACAGUCAAACUCUGCGACUGUCCUGGACUGGUGUUUCCUUCACGUGUUGUCAAACAACUGCAGAUUCUGGCCGGGAUCUACCCAGUGGCCCAGGUUCAGGAGCCCUACAGUUCCAUCGGUUAUCUGUGUGAGAGAACUAAUUUCCUGUCCGUGCUGAAGAUCAGACAUCCCAGCCUACAAGACCUGCCCCCCCACCAAAGGUUCGAGGGUCCUGAGACCCUGAGCUGGACUGCCUGGGAUGUGUGUGAGGGUUGGGCGGAGAAGAAAGGAUACAAGACGGCAAAAGCGGCUCGCAAUGACGUCUACCGUGCAGCUAACGCCCUCCUACGGUUGGCAGUGGACGGCAGGUUGUGCCUCUGCCUCCGCCCCCCCGGCUACAGCUGUCUGAGAGAGCACUGGGAAACCCACACCGACCUGCAGGACGUCGUGGCUCUGCAGGGGCGGACGACGGACGAGGAGGAAGGAGCUGGAGACCGGGCCGAUGAGGAGGAGGAGGACGAUGAGUCCAGCUCUGAGCCGGAGGAGGAGAGAGACAGAGAUGCAGACGAUGACGACGACGACGACGGAGACGACGAUAAAGACGACGGGUUUGGUCGCCCGACGCGUAAGGAUAGCAAGACAUUUGGAAACGCCGUCAACAUGUUCAACAUUCUCAGCACCAUCGAGUGUGAGUGAACAGACCCGCAGGUCGUCGUAGGUCGUCGCUGACGUCUGUUCUGCUGCUACAGUAAACUUUGACUUCCCAAACAUUCAUUCCUUUUUUUUUAGUCGCAUUAACAACAUAUCUUCAAGUUUCUGACUCCACACAGAACCAACUCAUCUACGUUGGCCCUCAGAGGAACAAUCAACAAAAAUGUGUUUUUUUUUUUCUGCUUCCUGCAGUGAAUUGUGUUUGGUCUUUGGACUAAAAUGGCAACGUUAGGACAGAAGAUUAAAAGAAAGUGCACAGUGGACCAGAUGUUGCUCAAUCACUGGAGCCCAGUCAGUAAAGCACCGCCGUCUACCUGAACUCAGCUGUGGGGAAAUAAAACAUCCAGAUCAGUUCUCCGUCUGUUUGAACUUAGCGUCGUACUUCACCACUAGGGGUGUAACGAUGCAGAGUUAAUGGGUUAAAAAUCGACACAAAUCCAUGACAAUUCAACACAUCUGUUGAAGUAAAACAUGAAUCUCACAUCAAGGUGUAAGGAGUUAUCUCAGAAAGUCACUGGUCAGACCAUGACACUACACACUCCACUACAGUAGGUGGCAGUAUGCUCCUAAAAACUUUGGACGUGACCAACUAUUAAACCCAAGAACUUGUUCCACUGUGACACAAAGAGUUCUCUAUCAUAAUUAUCAUCCUCAUCAGACUCAAUGUUCUUCACACUCCUGGGCCGUAUCUCUGGGCCGUAUCUCUGGGCCGUAUCUCUGGGCCGUAUCUCUGGGUGGUUCCCAGUAAAUAAUUAAACAUCCCCCUUCCUCUAAGAUUGGAGUUUGAGGUGGUUAAAUAGGUGGUUAACGCUCCUCACACUGUACUAAGUGUUCACUCUGAAUUGACCAUAGGUGUGAAUAGAGCAACGCUGCCCUCGCCUGGUGACUGUCGGUAUUGGUCUGCAGGUCCUGGAACUUCUGUUCAUUAGUGAAACUUGAUUUAGUUUAAUUGAGCGUGGUGUGAAUAUGAGUGUGUGAAUGAGAUGGUCCAGGGAGUAACUCUAACUCUAACCCUGACAUGGACAAUCUACGGCUUGUGGGCCAGAAACAGUCCACUGGGUUUUCUAAUCCGGCCCAACAAACACUGGCACUAGAUUUAUAAAGACACUGAUGUCUGUCAUGCAUUACAAAGAUAUCGGUUGUAAUUUCAGUAAUGCCACUAGGUGGCAGCAGAAGACAAUAUGACAAAUUUACAUUGAAAGUUUUAAGUUCUUGUACAUUUUAUUUAUAUUGUUUGGCCCGGCCUUUACAGAAGAACUGGAUCUGAGUUUGAAAUAAAUUGAAAAGUAUUCUCUCAC